UGGUGUAUUUGAUUAGAUCUGAGAUGGAGAUGCAGAAGGAGGAGGAGGAGGAGGAGGAGGAGGAGGAGGAGAUGGAGAUGGAGAUGGACUGGGGAAAGCAUACCUUGAUUUCUAAUUCUAUGGAAGCUGCAAUAUACAGGGCAGCUAUAGCUGGAGACAUCGAUGGCCUGACAACAGCACUACAACAAGACCCCGAACUCAAUCUUCUCAACCAACUCACCCCGCGAGACGACACGAUUCUUCAUAUCGCCGCAAGACUAGGCCAUCACCAUCUAGCGGAACAUAUCCAAAGUUGCUGCCCAGACCUUUUCAAGAGCAAAAACUACAACAAUGAUCAUCCUCUACAUCUUGCUGCUGCUGGUGGUCAUCUAUCUAUAGUCCAGUCUUUGAGCACUAUUGCUGGUGGUCAUCUAUCUGGGCGAGAAACUGAAGCAGAGCAGGAGGUUUUAAAUGUCAUAAACGGGCAAAAUAAACAAGGGAAUACUCCAUUGCAUAUGGCCGUAAAGGCUCAUCAAUACGGGGUGGCUGAGUUGUUGUUUAAGCGGGCUGGAAGUGCAUUAAUUUCAUGUUCUCUGAAUCUGGAAAAAAAGUCACCCUUGUAUAUGGCCGCCGAAGCAGGGCAUGAGGAGCUCUUUGAGCUUAUGAUGAAAUUCGUUGCUUCGAAUGUUGACGCUCAAAAUAUGCUCAAGGAUGGCCAACCACUCCUGCACGUUGCUAUUACAAGAAGGAACAAGGCUGUUCUUCUGAUAGCAUUGAACUAUGUGCCAUCUCUUAUGGAUGCACAUGACAGAAGAGGGAGGAGACCUCUUUCGUAUGCAGCAUCCAGAGGUUAUGUUGAUGGGGUUUGCAUCAUCCUGAAUACCAUUAUCGGUUGCACAUACAAAAGAGACGGUAAUGGGUCUUAUCCCAUUCAUGAGGCAACAUUGUUAGUUAUAUUGAAGUUGUUAAGGAGUUUCUACAACGUUUUCCAGAUUCAAAAGAGUUGCUAAAUAGACAAGGACAAAAUAUUCUUCACGUUGCUGCUAAGAGUGGGAAAGCCAACAUUGUUAGUUAUAUACUUAAAGCCCCUGAGCUUGAGAUGCUUAUCAAUGACGCAGACCAAGAUGGAAACACCCCAUUGCUUUUGGCCACAAAGAAAGCUCAUGUUGAGAUAGUGAGCAUUUUGACAUGGGACAAGAGAGUCAGAUUAGAGAUAAAGAAUGGCGAAGGCUUUACCGCUUUAGAUGCUGCUCUCAAUUACCGGGGGACCACUCGCUCAAUUCGCGAGGUAUUAUUAUUACUAUUACUCCAUCUGUCUUAAAAUAAUAGUACAUUUUGAGAAUUUAAAUUAUUUUAAUAGUACAAUUAUUACAAUUUAAAAAUAUUAAUUUUUCAAAAU